CGCGCUCUCUGCCUCCCUCAGACAACUCGCCCCCCGCCCUCCGCCCCACCCCCCCACGUAAUUCCGAAAGAGCAGAAGAAAGAGAAGGGGAACGAGAAAAGGAGAGCCAGUAAGCAAGAACCGGAGCCCAGGAAAAAAGGCUGAAGAGAAACGAACGGGAGGAAAGGAGAAGGAUGGACAGCCACAAAACGCGGCGAUUGCGGAAAUUUUCCAGCGCCAUUGGCUGGGCAGCGUGAGUCCUUUGGUAAGGAGUGGUUUCAGCACCGGGGGGACUGGACAGCACCUCCGGGGGACUUCGGGGCAACCCGCAACCUCAGCGAGAACUCCACCGGCAGCCUCCACAGCAGAAGCCGCGGAAAAGCCUGCUUUGUAUCAGAGAGGCAAGGAUGGUCGCUGUUACUUUGUGAUGAGAUCGGGGAUGAAUUGCUCGCUUUAAAAAUGCUGCUUUGGAUUCUGUUGCUGGAGACGUCUCUUUGUUUUGCCGCUGGAAACGUUACAGGGGACGUUUGCAAAGAGAAGAUCUGUUCUUGCAAUGAGAUAGAAGGGGACCUCCACGUAGACUGUGAAAAAAAGGGCUUCACAAGUCUGCAGCGUUUCACUGCCCCGACUUCCCAGUUUUAUCAUUUAUUUCUGCAUGGCAAUUCCCUCACUCGACUUUUCCCUAAUGAGUUCGCUAACUUUUAUAAUGCGGUUAGUUUGCACAUGGAAAACAAUGGCUUGCAUGAAAUCGUUCCGGGGGCUUUUCUGGGGCUGCAGCUGGUGAAAAGGCUGCACAUCAACAACAACAAGAUCAAGUCUUUUCGAAAGCAGACUUUUCUGGGGCUGGACGAUCUGGAAUACCUCCAGGCUGAUUUUAAUUUAUUGCGGGAUAUAGACCCAGGGGCCUUCCAAGACUUGAACAAGCUGGAGGUACUUAUACUAAAUGACAAUCUCAUCAGCACCCUACCUGCCAACGUGUUCCAGUACGUGCCCAUCACCCACCUUGACCUCCGGGGAAACAGGCUGAAAACGCUGCCCUAUGAGGAGGUCUUGGAGCAAAUCCCUGGUAUUGCUGAGAUCCUGCUAGAGGAUAACCCUUGGGACUGCACCUGUGAUCUGCUCUCCCUGAAAGAAUGGCUUGAAAACAUUCCCAAGAACGCCCUGAUCGGCAGAGUGGUCUGUGAAGCCCCCACCAGACUGCAGGGUAAAGACCUCAAUGAAACCACCGACCAGGACUUGUGUCCUCUGAAAAAUCGAGUGGAUUCUAGUCUCCCGGCACCCCCUGCCCAGGAAGAGACCUUAGCUCCUGGGCCCCUGCCAACUCCUUUCAAGACUAAUGGGCAAGAGGAUCAUGCCACCCCGGGGUCAGCUCCAAAUGGAGGUACAAAGAUACCAGGCAACUGGCAAAUCAAAAUCAGACCCACGGUAGCGAUAGCGACGGGGGGCGCCAGAAACAAAGCCCCAGCCAACAGUUUGCCCUGCCCUGGGGGCUGCAGCUGCGACCACAUCCCGGGGUCGGGUUUAAAAAUGAACUGCAACAACCGGAACGUGAGCAGCUUGGCUGAUUUGAAACCCAAGCUCUCCAACGUGCAGGAGCUUUUCCUUCGAGAUAACAAGAUCCAUAGCAUCCGAAAAUCGCACUUUGUGGAUUACAAGAACCUCAUUCUGUUGGAUCUGGGCAACAAUAACAUCGCUACCAUGGAGAACAACACUUUCAAGAACCUCUUGGACCUCAGGUGGCUGUACAUGGAUAGCAAUUACCUGGACACGCUGUCUCGGGAGAAGUUCGCGGGGCUGCAGAACCUAGAGUACCUGAACGUGGAGUACAACGCGAUCCAGCUCAUCCUCCCCGGCACGUUCAAUGCCAUGCCCAAACUGAGGAUUCUCAUUCUCAACAACAACUUGCUGAGGUCCCUCCCCGUGGACGUGUUUGCCGGGGUCUCCCUCUCUAAGCUCAGCCUGCACAACAAUUACUUCAUGUACCUCCCGGUGGCAGGGGUGCUGGACCAGCUAACCUCCAUCAUCCAGAUAGACCUGCACGGAAACCCCUGGGAGUGUUCCUGCACCAUUGUGCCUUUCAAGCAAUGGGCAGAGCGCCUGGGUUCCGAAGUGCUGAUGAGCGACCUCAAGUGUGAGACGCCAGUGAACUUCUUUAGAAAGGAUUUCAUGCUCCUCUCCAAUGACGAGAUCUGCCCCCAGCUGUACGCUAGGAUCUCGCCCACGCUAACUUCGCACAGUAAAAACAGCACUGGGUUGGCGGAGACUGGGACGCACUCCAACUCCUACCUAGACACCAGCAGGGUGUCCAUCUCUGUGUUGGUCCCGGGACUUCUGCUGGUAUUUGUCACCUCCGCCUUCACCGUGGUGGGCAUGCUCGUGUUUAUCCUGAGGAACCGAAAGCGGUCCAAGAGAAGGGAUGCCAACUCCUCCGCGUCCGAAAUUAAUUCCCUCCAGACAGUCUGUGACUCUUCCUACUGGCACAAUGGGCCUUACAACGCGGAUGCGGCCCACAGAGUGUAUGACUGUGGCUCCCACUCGCUCUCAGACUAAGACCCCCACCUCCCCGGGGAGGGGAGCGGAACGGUGAUACACCCUCCCCAGGGGCUGGAGGAGCGUUGACCCAGAUCCAGAGUGCCACAAGCCUUGAUGGGCAUAAGUAAAUAAAUAACUAGGAACUCGCUCAGCUGAAGGCUCUGCCCCUUAGCCCCCUUCUGGAAACAAAGAGCAGACUGUGGCGAGCUGGAGAGCGCAGCCAGCUCGCUCUUUGCUGGGAGCCCCUUUUGACGGAAAGCCCAGCACAGACUCUGCUGGAAGAAUCGCCAGUGCUGUUCCCUCGAGGAGGGGCCGGGGGAUGGAUGCCCCGGUUCUAUACAUAUAUACAUAUAUCCACAUCUAUAUAGAGAGAUAGAUAUCUAUUUUUCCCCUGUGGAUUAGCCCCGUGAUGGCUCCCUGUUUGCUCUGCAGGGAUGGGCAGUUGCACGAAGGCAUGAAUGUAUUGUAAAUAAAUAACUUUGACUUCUG